AAAUGGGUAUGGGUACAAACCCAUCAAAUUCUACCCAUAUCCAUCUAUUUGGAUUUCAUACCCAACCCAAUUGGGUUGGAGAGUAAGAAACCCAUGGGUAUGGGCAAAAUUGCCAUCCCUAAUUGAAACUUAUUAAGAGGGCGGAUUAUGAAGAAAUUAAGUUCAUUUUUUAUCCGAAUCUUCCUCUUCGGUUGAUUUCUUAAUAUGCUCAUCCCUGUUUCUUCUUUACUUUUUUUCAAUUUUGUGGCGAAGGAACCAUUGCAUCCUGCCUAUAAAUCUAAAUUACUACUUAAGUUUGGAGUUCGCGACCCGUGUCUUAGAAGCAGCCUUUCAUAUGCCCAAAGCGGAGGUUCUUCUUCCCUGCCUAAAUUUUUAUAUCAGGUAAUUUGUCACUUCAAUCUCAAGUAAUUCCCAUAUAUCGUCUCUUUGGUUAUGAUUUGAAACCAAUACACUGUUGAACUAUAGUUGCCCUAAUGUAACGAAUUCGAAGUUAUGAGUAAAAAUCGAUGGCGAUGAAUCCCGAAGAGUUGGAAGAGUGGAAAAGUGAUAGGAGUCGGCAGUUCAAGCAGUACUGUAAUGUCCUCAUCAAACUCCCAAGCAAGGCAAGCACCAGUACUAAUUGAUAGUUCUUUAAAUGAUUUUCUUGAUGGUUGAUGUAUAAUUGUGAUACAUUGUUAAAUCAUGCGAACGUUUUGAAAGCUUUAUGAUCAAAUUCAUCACUGUACUUUGAUAUAUAGAGUCAUCCAAAUUAAUUGCUUUUGGUGUUUAUUUGUUGAAUUCCUUCAACCACAUUACCCACAUUGUGUUUACUAUUUGUUUUCUACGGGUUAUAGUCUUUGAUCACUUAAAUGCAAAUUAUGCAAUUAGAUUUCGCACCCAUGAGGAGAUCAUUUCUUGGUUUAUAAGCUAGCAUGGGUACAAAACAUACAAUGCAUCCACAUAUUUUUCAGAACUUUGAUGACAAAUGCCAUAUUUUCACAAGGCAAUGAAACAGAGAUUGAAGAUACAAUCAACAUGAACAGCUCCGCAACCAGAUCUACAUCGAGUGAAGCUAUUGCUACAUCACCAUUGCUAACGACUGUGAAAAAGAAACUAUAACUUGCAUUCUAGACAACAAUGCAAUGGUACAACUCAAGCUACAACACAAGCUAACAAUGGAAGCACCAAGUUCCAAGUCGUGAAAAGUACUUUAGUCCUCAUAUGUAGGUUGACCUGAGUAUCUGACUCAAAGAGUUGCAAUAGAAUGCUUACAUGACACCCCCCCCCCCCCCCACACACACACACGCAAUGCAUUAUAUUUGAGCAAAUUGACCCGGCCAAGGGCUGGGCACAGAGCUAGUAACAUAUUAUGGAUGCGUUCAUUUAUAACCUUUUUAGCCUAUUUCAAUAAAUGUCGUGAAAAAAACUAGACGUAAGUUGAAGUAAAUAAAAUUUUAUUAAAAUCCAAACAACAUUUGUGAAUUUUGAUACCUUUCACCUCAGUUUAUUCAUUUGAAUUUUUAAUUAUUUAUAAAUAUUUUUAUGGUGUAGAAUAAGUACAUAUUUUGUGUCAACCCGACCCAAUUAGAAACAAACGUAGGAUUUUAAUUUUUUGGAUGAGUUUGAGUUUAAUAUUCACUAAUCGGUGUACAUGGGUCAGGUGAUUAAAAUGUCUAAACCCGAACCACCCGACCAUGUACACUCCUACACAAUAGCACAUUUUUCCUUCUAUUUGGUUUCCCCAAAUGAAAACUUCAAUGUGUAGAGGGACACUCCAGCUUCAAAACAAGCUAUUAAUCUCCAAUUUCCAUCAAGCCAAUUGUAAGAUAUGAAUCUCCAAAGUAGGCACCAUGAAACUCUUUUUACACUGAAACAAUAGAUUAGGUCGACCUAAUCCUAACUGAGGUCGACCGAAAAGUGCAAGUUAUGGUGACAUGCAAGGCACUAUAGGCGCACCCUAUUAUUCAUGAUUUACCUUAUUAAUAACAAAUUGGCAAGAAAGAAUAAAUUUGAUCCAAUAUUUAUAAGUAAUGAAAAUAAUAUCAACGCAUAAUUUUUUUUAGUGUUAUAAGUUUGAGAAUACCGCGAAUUAAGCGGCGUUGUGAGCUCAACGAUGUAACGAGUUGAAUGAGGUUGAAAAGUUCAAUGAAGUUGCAGGGUCAGUGACAUCGACGCCGUGGAUGUAAACAUUGUUGCGGGCCAUAUAUUGCAAGUGCAAUGAGGUUGUUGACUUCAAAAGUGUUGCGAUACCAAAAAGCGACAUUGUUUACUCAAUAGCAACGUCGCGGUGGUGAACAGUUUAACCACAUUGGUUGCGAGUUGAACAAUGUUAUACAAUCGAUGGUAUAGAGAGUUCAACUCUCCCACGACGUUGGCAGCGUUGCGAGCUGAGCAAUGUCGUGAGGUUAAACGUCGUCAAAGUUGUGGGGAAAAUAACAAAGUUGUUUUAAUGAAGCUCCACGGAGAAGCAUGUUGUUUCCUGCACGUGAUUUUCACAUAAGGAAGAUUGAAGAACGAUUUGCAAAGCAGUUGAAGACUACGUCUUCGUGGAGAAGGAUGGAGCAUGUGGGAGGCAGGUGCAAGGUGGUUUGGAAAUGACAAAGUAAUUGUGAAGACAGUUCUACGGAGAAGUUACAUGAAGUCAUUUUAGAUAAAAAUCACCGGAGAUCAGGAGAGACAGGACAACCAACAUAAAAAACAACUAUGUUCCAAAUUUUCCUUUUUCUCUUUAAAUCUAAACGGAGCUCUCCUUCUAGAAAGGAUCUCCAUAGUCGUAGUCGUAGCUUAGUCGUGGAGCUAUCACAGGAAUCUCCAUAGGAUUAGUUGUGGACAUAGAUUCCCAAAAACUCAAACUCCCUCAUUCGAACAUUGUUAAGAGAGGUGAGAACCGAGUGACGGUCGUCUUGAUUUCAAAAUUCAGUGGUGCAUCCGAUCAAACAACAUUGUGAACGUUUCCAUAGUGAAACACUAAGUGCAAGGUUUGACCUUGUAAGCUUCUUAUGAUCCACAACCUAAGGUUGGAAGUCACGUGUCAUCGUGAAAAGCUAGUGAGGAGAAGGAUGGUGAGCCUAGGUUUUCUUGGGGACAAGCAAAGUUCAAGUGUGAGUUUAUUUGAUGACACGUGAAAGUAUCUAUUUUAGACCACCGUAUGUUGACCGAAAGUGCAUACAUUUUCCAUCAGUAUUAUCAUAAUAUAUUAAAUUACUGUUUUGAUUGCUUCAAGCGUGAUUUAGCAACCCUAGGAUUGCUUUUAUAUGAUUGAUGCGCUUUUGGUAGCAUUUUGUUUCUUUUUCAAGGCAAAGCAUCCUAGGGGGCCACUUGGAAGCCGUAGGGGACAUCGACCACAAGUUGUUGGAGCCAGGAUUUAAAGACCGGACAUCAAGGUAAAAUGGAGCCCGGAAAGCCAUUUUAGUAAAGGAAAAAGGCGACCACAAGUUAUCUCGGAACAUCUUGAUUCGCUGGCCACUAGUUUGGAGCCCUCUGAUUGGCCGAAUGACGCAGAAGGGGCAAGCUUUCCUCCUUAGAAAUCCUAAUAGAAGAUCUAUAAAUAGGAUUCUAGAUGUAGAGUUUGAGAGGAGGAGGCGAGGAGUCAAUGAAGGGUCGUUACUCUGCAGACAUUGCAACCCUCCUGACUUAGAACGAGUCCACCCUAAGCGAGAGAAUCUACCUCAAAAAUGGCGCCCUAGGCCCUGUUUUCUCUAUUCCAACCGUCAAUUCUUGUGGCCUCCUGGUGUCUUCAUUUCCAAUUAUGAAUAUCAAGGAAUUCCUCCCAUGGUUGGCUAAGUUUCUUAGUUUACUAGGUAUGUAAGGUUCUAAUCAUGUAAACUCGGUGAUUUGAUUAAUAUGAUUGUUUGAUUUUCAUAUGUGUGUUGCUUUAUUUAUGCCAUUUCAUUAUAUGUUGAUUCAAUGAUUGCUUAUUCGAUCUUGCAAUUUUUCGAGAAGCAGAGAUUGAAAUACUAAUCAUUUAGGAUGGGUCUAGAAAUAUCAGUCCUACUCGAUCAAACCUCAUUCGAUCAAAUGGCGUGACGCCUCAAGGGAGAAAUUCAAAGGGUCCUUGUAGCCCAUUAGUUUGGGUAAAUGCUUCGACAUAAGUUGGGAUCUUACUAAAUAAGAAAUCGACAACUUGUAUGCUCCGAUCAUCGAGGGUGCAUUGUUACGAGACCUAGUAGGAACAUUGCCUAUGCAAUGGUUUCCUUCUCUGCUCUCUCACUUCUCUAGUAACGUAGAUGUACUUUUCUGCAUUGUUUUACCUUUCAAACUCUUAGGUUCUGUGAAACCAAAGGAACCUCAACCACCUAAAUCGACCUGUUUUUCAAUAGAACCAUACCUCGCUUCUGAAGUAAGGGUUCUGCGAGAGGCCAAAGGGAAUACGAUCCUGCCCUUAGGCCAAAAAAAAUUGGUAGUCAAUAAAAUCAAUGAUCAUCAUACCCAAGAGAGAGGCAGCACCAGCGCACGCCCAUCUGUUGGACCCUCCUCUAGUUAGUUUGGCAACCAGUUGGUGGCCUUGGCGCAACACAAUGAGCAAAUCUUGCAAGCCAGACUCGUAUCCUAGACUGACAGUAUCAAUAUCUUCACCUCACGAUCGCAAGCGGGAUGGCCGGUGCUCCAUCAUGGCAAACUAGGACUACUUGAUCACGCUUGAAGUUGGCUCUCCUAAUCAGGUUACCAACCCUUGGCUUGUUCCCCUUCCUCGUACGUGAAUCUAGAUGACAUUGACCUUGAUGUUACCACUGGCAAGAGUGGCUUCCCUGAAACCGACUGAUCCUGCCACAUAUGUGACUUUGUUUUUUUGUUUUGUUUUACUUUUGAGACAUAGACUAAUUAUUUUCUUUGUCUUUUCUUUUGAACUUGGACCUACGGUUUGGACUUACCCUUUAUCAAUUGUGUGUUUCUGUUGUUUUUAGCUCCAUCGAUGUCGGCUGGUCCUUUCUCCACUCCAAUAUUCCUGAAUGGUCCCUUUUCCAAUCACCACCAACAUUCAUCGUUCACCGGUAACAUCGUUCCCCUUUUCACCCUUUGCUCCAUUGAGAGAAAUGUCGAACUUAAGUGUGUGAGUGUUUAUUCCGCUGAAUGUUUGGCUUGUGUAUGUGUUUGGAGCCUAGUCCACUAUCCAAAAUUUAAAUUGCAUGGCUCUAAGCAAGAUAUUCUCAAUUUGCAUGAUCAUAUUAGCACAUGUGUUGUUUUAUGUUGAGUCCCUUGGCUAUGAGCGUCGAUGUGUGAACAACACCUUUGUGAUUGAGAACAGCUUAUUAUGAUGACUGAGAUAUGUAGGAGAAUUGUGUAGGGGUUAAGUUUUCACCUGUUUGCAAACCAACUUGUGACUUGGAUUGAUUACUCACUUCCUAUAGUUGUCUAUGCAUCGAGCUUAAGGAAUCAGAAUGAGGGACAUAGCAUAUAGGUAGUCAUGCGAGAUUUGUGUCUGUUCGUUUCUUCUUGUGUGAUAGAACCCUCUUAUUAUGAUAUGUAGCAUUCAUGUUGCCACAAAUGAGGAAGAUGGAGGCAUAGGAUUAGUCCACAACCAAAUUGAUUGUCCUGGUGUGUCAUACCCCUUAGUCAACCCUCUUGAGCCGUGUGUCUUUCUUUCUUUCUUUCUUUCUUUCUUUCUUUCUUUCUUUCUUUGUGCCUACACUGAUGAAGAGUUACCCUUGUGUCUUGAAGCUCCCAUGACUUAAGCUUACUAGAGGUUCCACAAAGUAAUUCUUGCAUGGUUUAUGCUGAAAUGAAAGUGAGUUUGGGAAAGUUCUUGAAAUUGAGCAUCUGUUCUUAAAGUUAAGAAAAAAUGUGGCAUGUGGUGUUGGCUCUCGAAGAAAAUGAGAAAAAAAAAGAACUAAAAUAAAAUAAGAUGAAUGAGAGCUGCCACCAAUGUUUAUUAUGCUCAAAUGAAUGUUGGUAAUCCCCUUCAUUCUUGUGCUUCAAAGUCUUAGAAGUAGCAGUCGCAGAGAAAGAUUUUUAUAUUUUUGUGAGUGGUUUUAGUUUGAAAUUGUGGAACCUUGUGCUGUGUUUCCACCACCUAAAUAUCAUGUUCCCGAGGCCCUAGACCAUAGCUGGUUACAACCCAGUCAAGUCCUUUAGACAAGUUGGUGGUGACAGCUAUUCUGGGAACUAUAGCAUUCAGAGGCUGCCAUUAUGGUGACGAGAUUAUAGGUCUGAGAGUAUGACUGUAUGAGUAUGCACUUCUUUAGCAUCAAAUUUGUGUGCCUAUAUGACAUGUCGCCAAGUUUUUUGAGAAAGAUGUUUUAAGAUUACCUUGUGUCCUACUUGGUUUGAUUGGGGACAAUCAAUAGUUAAGUGUGAG